UUGUACACCUACCCUAUUUAAGUGGGCGUGUAAGCGUACUCAGAUGCUGAGGGAGAGGCCCUCUUUUUCGACCUCACGCCUACGUAAGAUAUAGGCAGGUCACCAGUUUCUAUUGGAAUCGUAAAGCUAGAUGUUGGCAAACUUUAAGUUAAUUGUCCCUGUCUCUAUCAUUACCGGAUGGAUCACAAAAAGCGCCGCAGACCCGCUCAUUCCACCCUCCCCUGUACCCGGUCGCCGGGAUACUCUUGGGCUAUUUAAUGCUCUCAUCAGCCCGUCCCUACUUCUUGUUGAGUCCCCCACUGGUACUAAUGAAACUAAUUUUCAAUCCCUUGUGGCCACUGCGGGAUGUCAAGUUGGCACUUACCCUUGUUCCCCCAUUUCCUGCUGCUACGACGGAUACACAUGCUGCCCAAAUGGUAAAUGCUGUCCUCAAGGCACUUACGUGGGUUCACCCUGCAUUCCCAACGGAGGCACUCCUUGCGGGACCGGACACUACUGUAAAUCAGGCUAUCGUUUGUUUCCUAAUAAUGGAUUCCCAUGCGGCUCGUCCCACUACUGCUAUAACGGGGAAACAUGCUGCAACACUGUCGAAGCUUGCUGCAAGUCUGGAUAUUACGUAUGUCUCUCAUUAUCAAUAAUCGACAGAUGCAUUCCGAAUGGUGGGACACCUUGUGGUUUUGGUCAUUAUUGUGACCCUGGAACAGAAUGCUGCGGCAAUCAGAGAUGUUGCCCUUCGGGGAACACCUGUGGAGGGGAUGGUUAUUGCUAUCUAGGUUCUCAGGUCGUCUCGUCUGCAAGUAUCUCAGAAGACUCCACCAAUCACAACGCCAAAAUUCAGCACUCCCAAGUUCCCCACUACAACAUCUUCAUCUACGACCUCUGCACUCCCUACGAUAUACUUCGGGAAUGUACCAGGAAUAAACGAUGCAGUCAGUCGUUUGAGGAAGCGGGGGAAAGGGAAUAUGGAAAUUUUGACAUGUGCAAGCGAACCGAGAGCGAGAAAAAAAUGAUUCGCACCCAAGCUGGAUGUGUAACCGGAAAGUGUAAUUUUAUGACCACAGGCCUCUCCUGCGACGAGUACCCCUUCGCAUCUACGCAAGAAGGAG